CCGCCCCCUCCCCGCGCGGGGAUUGGCCGGGCGCGCGGCGGCGCCUGGGCCGCGUCCUGCGCCUGCGAUGGAGGGAGCGCUCUUGAAAUGGACCAACUACCUGUCCGGCUGGCAGCCGCGGUACUUCGUGCUGGACAACGGCAUCCUGUCCUACUAUGACUCGCAGGACGACGUGGGCAAAGGCAGCAAGGGCAGCAUCAAGAUGGCCGUCUGCGAGAUCAAAGUGCACCCCACGGACGCCACGCGCAUGGAGCUGACCAUCCCCGGCGAGCAGUACUUCUACCUGAAGGCGGGAGGCGCUGCUGAGCGGCAGAAGUGGCUGGUGGCCCUGGGCAGCUCCAAGGCCUGCCUGGGAGACAGCAGGGGCCAGAAGGAGAAAGACCCGCCCCUGAGCACCGAGUCGCUGGGCCGGAAGCUGUCAGAGCUGCGGCUGUACUGUGACGCGCUGACCCAGCAGGUGCUGGACAUGCAGGAGUCCACGCGGCCCCGAGACGACGGCGCCCCGCUGGAUGUCGAGAGGAUGAACGAAGCCUCCUCCCUGCUCCGCGCCACCUGCAGCCAGUUCCUGUCCACGCUGGAGGAGUGUAUGAAGUUCGCCAAUGCCCGCCUGGCCCCCGAGCUGUACCCGCCCUCGCCCGCCCCCCUGCCCUCUGACUUCGUGGGUACCAAGCUCCCGCACUCCCACAGGGUACGGCGGUCCCUCAGCCACACAGGCGUCGCGUCGCCCGACAGGGUGCUGGAGCCAGCUCGGGCCCGGGCCGCGCCGGCCCGGGGCACCAUGACGGUGCUGCGCAGCCUGGAGGAGAUGGUGCCACUCCGUGCUCAGCCUGGGACCCCCCCAGGCCCUAGCGCCAAGGAGUGGGGAGAAGCUCCACUGCCAGCGCAGGAGACAUCAGCGGAUGGUGAAGCCAAGCGGCCGUGAGCCCCUGCUGAGGACCAUGGGGCUGCUCUUGGCCACUACCCCCCUGCCGCUAUGGCAGACUGGUGACCUGCCUCUCCCCUCAGUGCCUGGGGCAGUGCCAGGGGCUGCCUCGAGCAAGAAAAGGACUCUGUGUGUGUGCCAGAGCGGUCGGGACAGUGGGCACCAGCUCAGUGCCUGAGCCUGGGCAGGCCCUGCAACCCGGGUCUUGGGGGCACAGCUGGGUCUGGUGCCCAAAUGCUGCUCCCUGCCCAGCCUGGACCCGCACCGCGAUGCAGAGGCCUGAGCUGGCUGCGGUUGCCCUCUGGCACCGGCAUGGGGCCCCCAAGGCGCCCAACAUGCCCCAGGCGGCGGGGGGAGGAGCGCAGGCAGCUCAUAGAAACGACUCCCCUUGCCUGCCGGAGCAGGGCUGGACCCCUGUGAGAGCCCACCUUGGAGCAGCUGGGGGCACCCUCUGCAUUCCUUGCCCCUGCCCCCAGCUCUGCCACCCUGGGGUCCCCACAAGAGCUAGCCUGGUGCCCCCUGCCCCCCACAAAGCACCAUAGGGUGGGGCCCAGUUGCUGCAGCCUACUUCCAACCAGCACCCCCCACCCAGGGUAUAGGGACCACUGCAGGCAGGGAAGUGCCAACCUGCAUGGAGGAUGGUGCCUGUGUGGCAAAGGCUGCUGGGAAGGGACAGCUCCUCCCAGCCCCACGGUGCCUGCAGCUACAGCAGGGGACCCACCUGUGCAUCCUGGUGCCAGGGGCAGGGGUUGCUACCCGUGCCCCAGCUCCCUGGUGUCCCCCCAGGGGUUGUCUGGGCACACACAGGGCUGGGCCAGGCCCCCUUUUGCCCCAGGCAAGUGCCCGGGGCUCUGCCCCCCAACAGGGCUGCAAUAAACCUGGUCUUUGUGAAACAAA